GAAGCUUUGAUAGGUUAUCAUUGGUUCCAGUUCUAAUUAAAACAAACCACCAGUUUAUGCGAUUAGAAGAUGGACUUCAUCCAAUAUAUUUAUUAACAUGUUAAGAGUGAUCAGCUCUACUUGGUAGGAAAUUUUAACUAAAAAAACUUAUCUUUUUGGUGUGUUCCUGGGUCACAACCUUCUCAAUUAUAUCAUAUUGAGCAGUUGACCGACAAAGAAUAUAAGGGGAUGAAAGCAACCCCGAAGCACAGUUGGACUCCGAAACUCGAGUGAUCAUGUUUUUCAGCAAAAUCCCUUUCGUUCUACUCGUCGCCACUCUGGUAACUUCAUUGUUUCCGGGAGGUGGAUCAGCCGCUGCACAAGUAAUCUAUCCGAAUCAGCAAUCUACUAUACAAUACGGAAUCGGCUAUCAACAGUCUGCUAUACAAAACGGCUAUGACAACCAGCAAUAUACUGCACGAAUCGAAUCUGACAACCAGCAAUCAUCCCUAAAACAGGAAGACAUUAACCAAAUUUCUCCGUCGUCAAACAUAUCUGACCGUAUCGCAUGGUUACGAUCGAGGAUCCAGCAAUUUACUACACCAAACGGAUUUGACUUCCAGCAAUAUAUCAAACAACAGCAAGGGAUUUCGCGAGUUACUCGUUUGUUGAACGAACUUACCGAAAAAAAAUUUGCUGUAUGGUUACGAUGCAAGAACUACUUAUCUUCUACAAACAGCAGAUCCAAUAACAAGGAAACAACUCUAUAUCAGGAAAAACUUAACCGCAUCCUUUCCGAGUCUGACAAAACUUACUACAACAAGCUAUUGCACGAUGGCUACCCGUUUACCAGCAAUCUACGUUCGAAUUCAGAAUCAGAUGCUGUUAUCCGUUAUCACGAAAGGAAGAAAACAUGAGAAACACUAUUAUUUUUGAGCAUUAUAAAACUCUCCAAGACCAAGCUAUUGCACGAUUGCUAUCCGAUGACCAUCAAUCUACUGCACAAAACGGAUCUUACGACCAGAAAGCUGAGCUAGAUGAGGUGAUUCGUAUGCAGCAUUCAAUUGAGCAGAUCUUGACAGACAAACUGCUAAAUCAGGAACAGUCACCAUCUAUAAGUUAUUAUUCAUGGUCGCAUCCUUGUGACUACGAUUUAACUCCCAUAACUUUCUUUGAGAAUAUCUAUAAAUCGCAAUUAUGUGCACUGCAUGGAUUUACGAGAUGUUGAUAGUGGCAUCAGCACUCAUAGUAUCAGAGUAUAGAAAAAAAUUAAUACAAACUUAACUUUAUGUGAAUUAAAUAAACCUUUUUUCAUAAAAUGAUGUGGUUUUAUUGAUUAGUGUUCUUUUAUAAGUUUCUAUUAUGAUUUGCUUUGGCUCAUCUUGAGCUCAGUUAGAACCUAAAUCAUUCAGGAUUCAUGAGUUCUUAUUGGAAGACCUUCUGUUAUCGAUAUCACAUUUAACUUGUAACUUUAAGGUCAGUCAUACGGUUCAUAACCUAGUUCGAGAUGAGAGUUAUCAGCUCCAAAUAGAAUAUUUCAUCCGAAAAGAGUUAUCUUGUUAUAGUCCUGUCGGGUCAAGACAUCAUAGAUUGCAUUACAUUGAGCAGCUGACCGACGAUGAAUAAAAGGGGACCAAGACAACCCCGAAGUACAGUUGGAUUACGAAACUUAAGUGAUCAUGUUCUUUAGCAAAAUCCCGUUUGUUCUACUCGUCGCCAUUCUGGGAACAUCAUGUAAAUAAUAAUUUAAUAAC